UUUUAGUAUUAAUCAAUUCUAAUAGCUUGUAUACCAAAACGAACUAAAUCAAACAAUCAGUUUUUUACCAAACAGCUAACGCCUUUUCUUUGAAUACUUUAUCUAGUGUGGUAAAAUCCUAGUGAAAGAACUCGUGCAGCGAUCCUAGUGAAUGGCAGGAGGAGAGGUGUUUAGAAGGCCGGUCAAUCAAAACCAGCACGGUAAAGAAUUCCCAGCCCAAAAUCCAAAACAAAAAAAAAAAAUCCAAAGUUGGCACAGGACAUUAUCCCCGGCUCGGCAAAGAAAACAGUCCAAAAAUUAUCAAAUAUCCAUGCAAGUCCAACUCCUCACAGCCCAGAACACAGCUAAAGAUCCGCAUCCCAGAUAUCCAAAAAGUCGCGCGGCCCAAAUUCCAACAAUCCAGCCCAAUAAUCCAUACGCUCCAUCCCAGUGGACUAGGGUUUCACCACGUUCCCGGGUCAGGCCCAUCAGCUCCAGCCCAGCGUAUCAUCCAGUUCAGCGCCGCACAGUUGAAGCGGCAAUCCCCCCAAAAUUCAAAAUGCUACAGUACCCGAUGCAGACGGAUGGGGUCCAAUCAGCUUGCAGACCAGUCAGCUCGCCGUUGUCCUUCUCCGGCAAGCUCCGAUCGGGCUACCCUUGCUCGUAUCCAACCAGUACCCUUCCCCCCGCACCGAUCAUCCCCUCCGACGUGACAGUCCUUCAUCCUCGUUCAAAGCCUUCGGUUUCCAGUCCUCUUUCCAAUACAUAAUCCGCUAAAUCCCAAUCCGUUCACCAUCAUAUCAAGCCCCCACACGCUCAAAGACUGAUUCCAUGGUUACUAGUACUUGUUCUUGCCCGUAUGCAUUUUCCGGCGAACUUCCCCUCUCCAGCGAACGAAGCAGCCCAGAUACCCAGAACAGUGCCUCCAUUCAAAUCCAUUAGCCUCAUCCCACCUUCAAAAUCGACCCUUUCACCAUAUUAGCAGCCCCACAACUAUGCCCAUGGUUACUAACCAUCGUAAUUGUUGGGAAAGUGUUUACCGGCGAGCUACAACCUCUGGAGAACAGGGACACUUACCUUCACAAACGAUUUUGAACCCAGCUUCCGUCAAUUCAGAUCCGAUAGCUUCAACCUCACCUUCCAAACUUUUAACCUCCAAAUCUGACCCGUUCACCAUCGUUCCAGCCCCCUCGGCUCAAGGCUACCGCCCCAUGGUUACUAGCCGCCUGUGAUGUUAGUCAAGGCGUUUUCCGGCGAAGUAUCCACCAACGAAAAACUGCAUAUCCACGAACAGUUUCGAACCUAAACGAAACAUGUUUCCAAAAAUGCAUAGAUAAGAACCUAUGUAAAUCUAAAGGGCAGUAGUGAAGCCUACCGGAGCCAUGAGGACUCCGGCGGCGGCGACCAACACUAAGGGGAGGCGCCGGAAACUGAGAAAGCAACCUAGAAUAUAGUAUAUUCUAGUGAAAGAGACUCUCAACUCCCUCUAGAAUCCUUCGUACAUGCCGUUCCAAAAAUGCAUAGAUAAGAACCUAUAUAAAUCUAGAGGGCAGUAAUGAAGCCUACCAGAGCCGUGAGGACUCCGGCGGCGGCGGCCAACACUCAGGGGAGGCGCCGGAACCUGAGAAAGAAACUAGAAUAUAGUACUCCAUAUAUUCUAGUGAGAGAGGCUCUCAACUCCCUCUAGAAUCCUUCAUACAUGCCGACAUUUCUUCUC